ACGGUGUAACGGAGCUGUUACUGAACAUGGUCUCCGAUGGCAUCUCUUCUCUGAGAGGCUGUCUGUGGCAGUGUCCUCCCUCCGGCAGCAGCAGGGAGGUGAUGUCAGACAGACAGGCAGACAGACAGACAGCUACAACAGAUCACUGACAGAGACAUACAGGAUCCUGCGGAACCCUCUCAAAAUCCAUCUUCAUCCGUACUGAAUUAAAGCGUAGCCAUCUCAAAAACAGCAGGAGCAUAAAGUACACACUUCUACCUUUCUAACGAGUGCUUUAUUAGCACGGCAUGACGUUAUUAGGAUUUUAAAACAAGAGGCGAAAGAUUGUGAGAGCUGACUUGACUAUCCGGAGAGGACAUACUACAGAACAGAGGACACUGUUCAUCUUAUCUGAAAGGAGGUUUCAUGUUUCGGAUGCUGAACAGGCUGGGGCUGUGAACCUGAACGUUAUUUUGGUGAAAUUUGGGAGCUAGCGAGCUGCUUGCUAGCCGAGACCAUGGAGCUGAGAGUGGGGAACAGAUACAGACUGGGCAGGAAGAUUGGAAGUGGAUCAUUUGGGGACAUCUAUCUGGGAACUGAUAUCUCCGUGGGAGAGGAGGUCGCCAUCAAGCUGGAAUGUGUGAAGACCAAACACCCCCAGCUCCACAUAGAGAGCAAAAUCUACAAGAUGAUGCAGGGUGGAGUGGGCAUCCCGACGAUAAAGUGGUGCGGGGCGGAGGGGGACUAUAAUGUGAUGGUGAUGGAGCUGCUGGGGCCCAGCCUGGAGGAUCUGUUCAACUUCUGCUCCCGGAAGUUCAGCCUCAAGACAGUCCUGCUGCUGGCUGACCAGAUGAUCAGCCGCAUCGAAUACAUCCACUCCAAGAACUUCAUCCACCGAGACGUGAAGCCGGACAACUUCCUGAUGGGGCUGGGCAAGAAGGGCAACCUGGUCUACAUCAUCGACUUCGGCCUGGCCAAGAAGUACCGCGACGCGCGCACACACCAGCACAUCCCCUACCGCGAGAACAAGAACCUGACCGGCACCGCCCGCUACGCCUCCAUCAACACUCACCUGGGCAUUGAACAGUCCAGGCGGGACGACCUGGAGUCCCUGGGCUAUGUCCUCAUGUACUUCAACCUGGGCUCUCUGCCCUGGCAGGGCCUCAAGGCUGCCACCAAGAGGCAGAAGUAUGAACGCAUCAGUGAGAAGAAGAUGUCCACGCCCAUCGAGGUCCUCUGCAAAGGAUACCCAUCGGAGUUCGCCACCUACCUGAAUUUCUGCCGCUCGUUGCGCUUCGACGACAAGCCCGACUACUCGUACCUCCGCCAGCUCUUCAGGAACCUGUUCCAUCGACAGGGCUUCUCCUACGACUACGUCUUCGACUGGAACAUGCUCAAAUUUGGUGCCAACCGAGCCGUGGAGGAUGCAGAGAGGGAGCGGCGGGAGCGUGAGGAGCGUCUGAGGCACAGCAGGAACCCCGGGGCCCGGGGCAUUCCCUCGGCCUCAGGCAGAGCCAGGGCAACACAGGAAGUCGCAGCCCCCUCCCCACUCAACCCCGCCUCACACACAGGUUUAGAGAAGGAGAGGAAGGUGAGCAUGCGUCUUCAUCGCGGAGCGCCAGUCAACAUCUCCUCUUCAGACCUGACGGGACGCCAGGACACGUCCCGCAUGUCCUCACAGGCUCUGUCCUCCCGAGUCACACCCAGCGGCCUCCAGUCUGCAGCUCCACGGUGAAAGCUGCCAAAAACAUCCACCUGUGCACCAUGGAGGCCUCAACAUGCACCGCCUGCCUGCAGCACACACACACAAACACACAAACACACACACAUACACUUUCAUGUAUACACACAGGACUGUUAAAUGACAGAGGGGGACUACCAUCCAAUGCACCAGAAGAGUCUGGCUGCUCUCUUGUUCACUUUACAGAGGAAGAGCUGCACAACCAGGAGUGUCUGGUGUGUGUCUGUAUGUGAGCACCUCCCCCCCUCCCUGAAGCCUUGGAUCUUCUUUUUUUAACCUUUUUGGUUUUACUUUAUUUUUUGUUCUUUAGCAUUAAAACCUUUCUUCCACCACUGAUCAGACUUCACCAGGGUCUGUUGUCGUAGGACUUUUUGGAAAACUGGAAGAGACACGAUCCAUCUUUGCAUUGUUAAAGGACAGUGCCUAAACUCUAAUGUUUGUCCUGAACGACUCCUUGAAUCCCACAAGUCUGUUUUUGUUUAGAUGUUUGAGGUUUAAAUGUUAAGGUAGGCAUUGUUUUAAAAAUGGGACAAGAGGUCUUUUUAAUGUUCUAGUUUCAAAGGUGUCUUUUCUUUUUUUUUUGUCCUCCUCAGGUGCGUGUUGUAUUUGAUCCGAAAACACGCAGCACACUCUCUGUCCGUGUACAGGCUGUGACUGCAGUGUGCUGCUUGGGAAAUCUGUGAAUGGAUGACAUGUUGUUUUUAAUCUGUGCGUAGUGAUGUGCUUUGUGUGGUUCUGUCUUAGGGUUAUACAAGAACAUGUCAGGGUGUAUUUUCUUUUAGGGUUCCUUACUCCUCAGCCCCUUAACUGCUUUUUACACCACAUAACAUCUGCCUCCAUUUUUUUCAAGUCCACCUCUGGCCAUUUUCUACCGAGACCUCGACAAACUCUGUAUUAUCGGUGGACUCAGCAUUUCAGGAAGUUACAACUUCCUCCUUCUUUGCAAAAAAAAAAACAACCUCACAGAUGCCAACAAAACUGUCUUUUCCAAUGGAAUGACUGUUCUUCAGCGCAGAUAAAUCCACGGCCGUUCUCACCGCGGUCACAUAGUGGUGAAUAUUAUUUGCUUGUUUGCUGGAUUGUAUUUCAGAAAUGCAUUCACAUAAAGGAAGCAUUUCUUCUUUUAAAGCUGCCUUCAUAUGAUGCGCGAUGCUUCUAUGGUUAGCGGCCCUGCUAGCUACUGUAACUGGUAUUUGAUUAGUUGCGCUUCGAAAGGUCAGCAGCGAGUUUGGUCAGAAUAGCAUUUAUUCUCUUAAAGUUGCCUUCACAUUAUGCGCAAUUUAAACCUCACUUACUGAAGUUAGGCAUGUAGCAUUGCAGCGAAAACAGCUAGCUAGUUUUGCUAGUAUGGUAACUUUUUCUGCUAGCUAGCACCGCUAAGUACAGCGGUUAUCUGAUUGGUUGCGCAACAAUCAAGCUAAACAACAUGUUAAGAAUUUGAAGUUUGGGCACAGCAAAACAUCACUUCUGCGAGUUUAGUUGGAAUAGCAUUUCUCCUCGCCUGUAGCCGCCUUCACAUAUUCAGCAGUUUUUGUUUCUAUAGUUAGCUCCCCUGCUAGCUUGCGCCGCUACAUGCAGCUGGUAUGUGAUUGCUCUGCGAGUUUGGUCGAUAUCAAAGCAUUUCUUCUCGCGUAAAGGUGCCUCCUCCUGUUACGCGAUUAAAGGGUAAGCCUUGCAGGAAAACAGCUAGCUAGCUUCUACGGUAACCUCCCCUGCUGGCUUGCACCGCUAUUAAAAGCUGGUUGAAAGGUAAUCGACAAUCGAGAUCGAAAGAAAUGUCAACUCUGCAAUUUCAAGCAGUGGGCGAAGCCAAGGACCGCUCUCUUCAUAGAAACAGCACAAUGUCAACACAGCUGUUUUCCCGCUGAGUUUGUGAAGGCAGCUUCAUCCAAAUAAUUCCUGUUAGGACUUCGCUACGUGAUUGUACAGUACACAACAGAAGUGAAGCCAUGCAGCUCACACGAUUCAUUUUUGACAUGAAACAAAAAUAAAAGGCACUCGUUUGGAUCAGUAAAUGUGAGAGUCCAGGUAGAAAAUGGACCGCCAUGCUUUUACGAGGCUUUACGGACGUAAGGAGGUCAUGGAGAGCUGUCUUAAGAAAGCGUGUACGAGCCAUGUGGGACUUUUUCGGUCACCUGUGAAUGACCAAUGAAUCCUGCAGACUUUAAAGUAGAAGAAUCCUUGAUGUGAUAGACUGGUUGUAGGCUGUAAUCGUGGGAGGGUGGGAUGGGGGGGUUGUACAUGCUUGUUCUGUUGUUGUGUAUAAGGUGUUACUGUCUGCCACGUCCGGAUGAUGGAGGCGGAAUACGGAGGGAUUGGAAAAUGCCUCAUUACACACCUCACAUGGGGGCUUGAAAAACAAUCUCAGAAAGUGGCCAAUGAGCUUGUCUCACUGACGCUGGCGAUGAUAGAUACAGGGACACUUAAUAAGGGAUAAUAGUUUUUUCCAUGUCUGCUUCUCACUUCUUUUCUUAGUUUGUCACCUCCGGUCCAGUUUUGCUUUGAACUGCGCAGCGGAUUUAUCUCUUACUGUGGAUUCAAGGGAAAUCUUUCUUUCCACUCCCACCUUAAGACUUAUGCUCCUCAUUUGUAAUGCCACUGUAUUUGUGUAUUUUAAAAGUGUAAAUAAAUAAGUACUUGUA